AUGGCUGCAGUUUCUCAAGCCUUGGAAACCUCAAAUGUCACAAGCAUCAAAUCACUAGCUGAGUCACCAGCUCUCAGCUCUGUCCCUUCUGCUUAUGCCUUCAACAUUAACCCCAAUGAGGAAGCUGAUCCUAAUGACCCUGAGUUUGCCAUUCCCAUUGUUGAUAUGUCUCUUCUCACCUCUGGUUCUCCUGAUGAGCGCGCGAAGAUCAUCCGCGAUCUUGUCAAAAUCUGUCAAGAAUGGGGCUUCUUCAUCGCAGUUAACCACGGAGUACCAGAGAGCCUGAUGAAGGAGAUGAUUGACGCAUGCCAUGGAUUUUUCAGUCUUCCGGAUGAGGAGAAGAAGGAGUUUAAGUCAGGAAAUGAUGUUCUCGAGAUGUUCAAGUGUGGAACAAGCUAUAAUCUAGCAUUGGACAAAGUACUUUUAUGGAGGGACUUCUUCAAGGUUCGAACACAUCCUGAGUUUCACUCUCUCAACAAACCAGCUAGCUUCAGUGUGGUUUCGCUGGAGUUCAGCAGAAGAAGCCGAGAAGUAGCACUGGAAAUAACAAGAGCAAUAUCAGAAAGCUUGGGGUUGGAGCCGGAUUACAUAUAUAACAAAAUGAACAUGGAUCGCGGCAUACAAAUGCUAGCAGGGAACUACUACCCACCUUGCCCUGAGCCUGAGCAUGCCAUUGGUAUACCCCAUCAUACCGAUCAUGGUCUAGUCACUCUCCUCAUCCAAAAUGAAAUGAAUGGCCUCCAAGUCGAGCACAAUGGAAAAUGGCUCACUGUCAAUGGCCCUAAGAAUGGCUUUUUUGUUAACCUUGCAGACCAAAUGCAGAUUCUUACAAACGGUAAGUACAAGAGUGUGAUGCAUCGCGCCACCGUGAACAACAAAGCUACGAGGAUAUCGAUAGCCAUACCACAUGGACCAUCCGUAGACACGGUCAUAGCACCGGCACCUGAGUUGUGUGAAAGAGAAGGCAAAGCUCCAAAGUACCUUGCUAUGAACUACAAGGAAUACAUACAACUUCAGCAAGGCGGCAAGAACUACAAGUUCUUUUUGAACAACGGCAAGAACUACAUGAAGUCCACAUUUGAUCACAUCCUAGCCUAG